AUGCUCGUUCCAGUGGAUCGUGUUCAACGUGCUAAGUUGAAAGCAGGCUACAGGUCUAAUGUCAAAGACAACAGUAAUAAAGACUUGCCUAUUGAGCAUCGUGCGAACCUCAACAACUAUUACAAGAACAAAGUAUCUCUAGGUCGCGUUUGGUUCCACGAGUUAUUACAUAUCGACUGGGCUUCUGGAGUGGACUCGCCAUACCAUAUCACUGAUCUUAUCUGUAUACUAAUGGGUCAAGAUCGUAAACCUUUUCACCUGCCCAUUUAUGGUCCGCAGCUAACUAAAGGCCUGGCCAAGUUCAAACUUGGUGGACCUUGGUGGCUGAAGAGAAAUGCAGAUAACUUUGCAAUGUACGCUAUGGCCAAAACUGUACAGAAGGCUGCUGGCAAAUACCCCCAUCUUCCACUGGCAGUAACACUCGAGGGAGUACAGGACAAUCCCGAUGUCUUCAUGACGGGUAACAUCAUCAUCGAUCGAGAAGGAAGGACAACCAUAGUCGGCCCCGAAGAUCAAGGUGAAUGCCAGGCCCCCGAUGACGAAGAUGGUCUUGGGGAUAAGGUCAACGUCGUCCCUUUCAACUCUAGUGCAUGGUUUAUGGACGAGAGCUACUACCCCGAGGACUAUAACCGCCAAGUGAGGGGCUGGUUGGCCGAUGCGAAUCCUCGCCACAACCGUGUUCGCAUCGUGCUGAUGCAAACAGCGGCUGGCCCUCAAUGGAUAGUUGUCCAGGAUACGCCUGAAGACCCGAUCAAGGACUUUUGCAUUGCAGAAAUCCUAUCAAAGGCUCCCGCAAAUGGAGACGAAAAUAACUUGGAGUUUCCUACCGACCUUCCUGCGUUCGAGGCCCACGGAGCCAAAGGGUGCGAUCUUGUUUGA